AGCAGGUCUGGAUAUGUUCUAUUUUUCAGGGCAAAUUUAUAAGGAUUCAUUUUGACGCAACCGGCUGUAUUUCUGGUGCAAACAUUGAGUUUUACCUGCUAGAAAAAUCACGCGUUCUUCGACAGUCGGCAAUGGAAAGGUGUUUUCACAUCUUUUAUCAACUUUUGCACGGAGCAAAUAUAGUGCAACGAGAAUCUCUACUGCUCGAAUCAAGCGCGGAUAGCUACCACUUCCUUUCUAACGGCGACGUAACCUUGCCAGGAGUUGAUGAUGCUGUAGAAUACAACGAGACAAUGCAUGCUAUGAACGUUGUUGGAUUCCAAGACUCAGAAGUACAAGGUAUGCAUUGA